UGAUAAGCGUCUCUCUCCGAGUCUUUCCGACUUUCUCCGUUUUGUCUGUUCUAGGGUUUUAGCUUUUUCCUCUUUCCUUAAUUUGAUUCUCUCAGAGCGUGUGAAGAAGACAAUGGCGGCAGUUGCUAGGGUUUUCGGUGGAUGCAGGACACUGAUGGCGAAAGCGGCGACUACUGCCGCGGAAAACGUCGGCGGAGCUGUUAAAGAAGGAAAAGGGAUACUUAAGACUGUUCCUGUCUCGCAGACGCUGGCUAGCUUCGCCGGGGAAAGCGAACUCUCUCGUGCCACCGCCGUGAAGAAAGUGUGGGAGUACAUCAAGGGUCAAAACCUCCAGAAUCCGGCGAAUAGAAGGGAGAUAAUAUGCGAUGAUAAGUUGAAGACGAUCUUCCAAGGCAAAGACAAAGUUGGAUUCACAGAGAUCGCUAAGCUCUUGUCCCCACAUUUUCCUAAGUCUGUCUGAUUUCGUCACGUUGUGUUCUCAGUAGUAUCUAUCUAAUCCAAGAAUAUGGUUUUUGCUUGCUUUUGGUUCUUCUUGGAUGUACAUGAAAACAAAAAAAAAAUACUCUGUUUGAUCGAUCCAUCGCUUAGGGAAUAUUAUGUAUUUUGACAAAUCUGUCGUAAUCUCGUUUGAUUUUGGAUCUUUUGAUAUUGUUGGUCUUUGAUUGGCUUCCUUGGUCGAUGAUUCUCGCUCAUACAGUUAAGUUACUUGAUCGAUGAUGAUGAUGGAUCGUGGAGGAAACUAACUCGGGAAAAUGUAUUUUUCUAUAUUAUUGCAAAAUGAAUGGUCAACAACAUUACAUUAUACAAUUGAUUAAGCCAACACGUGUCAUUACCAUCGGAAGAAGGAGAAAAUGCGUUGUUAAAACGAGCAUACAUCAACGCGUCCAUUUCGCUUUAAAUCAAUAGCCAAGAGCCCUUUUCGCUACAUAUACACAUAUCUGUAUCUAAACAUAACAGACUAUAUUAGUCAAAAAAAACACUUUACCAAAUCUUAUAUUAUCCUCAUUCAUAUCAUCUUCUUAUCUCUCUAGUUCUUGAUUUUCAAAUUCAGUAGUUAAAGAAAUGGGUAAAGACAAGCAUCACGAACAAGACAAAGGAUUCUUCUCACAUCAUAAUCAUCACGGCCAUGGGUAUCCUCCGGGAGCUUAUCCUCCGCCCCCAGGAGCUUAUCCACCACCGCAUGGUUACCCUCCCCAAGGUUAUCCUCCGCCACCUCACGGCUAUCCACCCGCCGCUUAUCCACCACCUCCGGGCGCUUAUCCUCCCGCCGGUUACCCUGGACCCUCCGGUCCUCACGGUUCAGGACUAGGAGGAGGAGUCGGGGGAUUGAUAGCAGGAGCGGCAACAGCUGCGGCCGCUGCAAUGGGAGGUCGCCACGCGGGUCAUCACGGUGGUUACGGCCACCAUCACGGUGGUAAGUAUAAAAGAGGGUUCUUCGGUGGAGGAAAGUACAAGCGAGGGAAGCACAGUAUGUUUGGAGGGAAGCACAAGCGUGGCAAGCACAGCAUGUUUGGAGGCAAACGAGGCAAGCAUGGCAUGUUCGGACGAAGGAAGUGGAAAUGAUCAGUUUGAUCAUCAUUCGAUUCAGUCUCUAUAAUCUCUCUCUAUAUAUAUUAUCGUACGUAUGUAACAACUUCUAAGCAUAAUCUGUGAGUGUAUUGUUUCUGUUUACAUGUAUCUCUAUAUAUCUACAUGAAAGAGUGUGGUUUUUUAAUUUGGUUGAAUUUUGUCUAGUAAAUUAACGUUCAAAGUUGAGUUGUUGAAGAACAUGCAUGCCUUUUAUGGAAAAGCAAAUUAACUA